AAUCCAACAGCUACUGUAAUUGCAUUGUGUUCAAUGAGAGAUUUCAAUCUUUCUCAAGAAACUUGUCAGAUGGCUAUCAGAGACAUUGGAUGUCUUGAAGUGUUAAUUAAUUUACUUGAUACAGAAGAAAUUAAAUGUCAGACUGGUUCCUUAAAAAUCCUGAAGGAAAUUAGUCAAAAUACAUUAAUCAGACAUACAAUUGCAGAUCUUGGGGCAUUAGAGAGCAUGGUGAAAAUACUGGACUCUCCAGAUAAAGAUCUAAAAUGUCUGGCAGCUGAAACAAUUGCUAAUGUUGCUAGGUUUAAACAAGCACGAAGGACAGUAAGACAGCAUGGAGGAAUCAAGAGAUUGGUUGGGCUGUUGGACUGUGUUUCAGUAGGCUCAACCAGCCUAACAUCAUACCAAGCAAAUGAUACUGAAACAGCACGCUGUGGGGCUUUGGCACUCUGGAGCUGCAGCAAAAGCACUAAAAACAAAGAAGCAAUCCGUAAAGCUGGUGGCAUUCCAUUAUUAGCUAGAUGGCUCAAAUGUUCACAAGCAAACAUUUUAAUCCCAGUAGUGGGGACACUACAAGAAUGUGCCUCAGAGCCAAGUUACAAACUUGCAAUAAGGACAGAAGGAAUGAUUGAGAACCUUGUGAAAAAUCUGAGUAGUGAACAUGAGGAGCUUCAGAUGCAUUGUGCAAGUGCUAUAUUUAAGUGUGCAGAACAUAAAGAAACACGUGACCUGGUUAGACAGCAUGGAGGUCUACAACCACUGUCUGUUCUGCUUGGUAAUUCUGAAAACAAACAACUUUUAGCAGCUGUAACAGGAGCAGUCUGGAAAUGUGCAAUCAGCAGAGAAAAUGUUACAAAGUUUCAGGAAUAUAAAGCCGUAGAAGCUUUGGUAGGUUUGCUCACUGAUCAGCCUGAAGAAGUCCUUGUAAAUAUUGUUGGAGCACUGGGAGAAUGUUGCCAAGAGCCAAUAAAUCGAGCUGUUAUCCGUGGAUGUGGUGGAAUACCACCUCUAGUGAAGCUGCUUACUGGAACUAAUCAGGCACUUCUUGUGAAUGUCACCAAAACAGUGGAAGCUUGUGCAACAGAACCUGAAAAUAUGAUGAUAAUUGACCAUCUAGAUGGAGUUCGUUUGUUAUGGUCAUUGCUGAAAAAUCCUAACCCAGAUGUUCAAGCAGGUGCAGCUUGGGCUAUUUGCCCUUGCAUUGAAAAUGCAAAGGAUGCUGGAGAAAUGGUUCGAUCCUUUGUUGGUGGCUUGGAACUGAUAGUCAAUUUGCUAAAAUCAAAGAAUAAAGAAGUUUUAACAAGUGUAUGUGCGGCCAUUACAAAUAUAGCUAAAGAUGAAGAAAAUUUAGCUGUUAUAACAGAUCACGGAGUUGUGCCUCUGUUGUCUAAACUAGCAAACACAAACAAUGACAAAUUAAGAUGUCACUUAGCAGAGGCCAUUUCCCAGUGUUGCAUGUGGGGGAGCAACAGAGUUACCUUUGGAGAGAACAAGGCUGUAGCUCCUUUGGUGCAUUACUUGAAGUCGAAUGAUCCAUCUGUUCAUAGAGCUACAGCUCAGGCUUUAUAUCAGCUUUCAGAGGAUCCCAACAACUGUAUCACCAUGCAUGAAAACGGAGUGGUGAAGCUCCUACUGGCCAUGGUGGGCUCUGCAGAUGAAACUCUGCAGGAGGCAGCAGCUGGUUGCAUAGCAAACAUUCGCAGAUUGGCUCUGGCAACAGAAAAAGCAAAGUAUGGCUGA